CAGAACCUCUUAUAUAUAUAAAAAAAAAUCUGUAACAGAGAAAUCGAGCUUGAAGCUGAGAGAGACAAAGCCAUGCUUUCUUCAACUCUCACAUCUCAUCUCACCCUCCCACAAGCAUAACUCUUUCUUCCCACUAUUAUUUUUUUAUUCCUUUUUACCGCAAUAUUUCCAAAUUCUCAUCAUCUUGGUAUCAAAAUUUUCUUACUUUGUUAUCCCAAAUCUUUCGAAUCAAAAACCACGUCAAUUUUUUUCUCUCUGUAAGCAUAUAUUCUCUUAUUAUUCAAACUUUGUGUCUCUUCUUCGCUUGUCGUUCGCUUUAUUGGAUCAGAGAUGAUCAAUCCGGGUCACGGAAGAGGACCCGAUUCGGGUGCUGUUGGUGGGUCGUCGAACUCCGACCCGUUUCCGGCGGGUCUCCGAGUUCUCGUCGUCGACGAUGACCCAACCUGCCUCAUGAUCUUAGAGAGGAUGCUGAGGAAUUGUCUCUACAGAGUAACGAAGUGUAACAGAGCAGAGAUCGCAUUGUCUCUGCUUCGGAAGAACAAGAAUGGUUUCGAUAUUGUCAUCAGUGAUGUUCAUAUGCCAGACAUGGAUGGCUUCAAGCUUCUCGAACACGUCGGCCUAGAGAUGGAUUUACCUGUUAUCAUGAUGUCUGCGGAUGAUUCAAAGAGCGUUGUGUUGAAAGGAGUGACUCACGGUGCAGUAGACUACCUAAUCAAACCGGUACGUAUCGAGGCACUGAAGAACAUAUGGCAGCAUGUGGUGCGGAAGAAGAAGAACGAAAAGAAUGUCUCGGAACAAUCCGGAAGCAUCGAGGAGAGCGGCGGAGACAGGCAGACGCAGCAGCAGAGGGACGAUGCUGAUAACAACUCGUCUUCUGCUAACGAAGGUAACUGGAGGAGCUCGAGGAAGCGGAAAGAAGAGGAAGUAGACGAGCAAGGGGAAGAUAAAGAAGACACGUCGAGUUUGAAGAAACCACGCGUGGUUUGGUCUGUUGAAUUGCAUCAACAGUUUGUCGCUGCUGUGAAUCAUCUCGGCGUUGAGAAAGCGGUUCCAAAGAAGAUCUUGGAGAUGAUGAAUGUACCAGGACUAACGAGAGAGAACGUAGCCAGUCACCUCCAGAAGUACCGGAUAUAUCUAAGACGGCUUGGAGGGGUAUCGCAGCACCAAGGGAACAUGAACCAUUCGUUUUUGACUGGUCAAGAUCCGAGUUUCGGUCCACUUUCUUCGUUGAACGGAUUCGAUCUUCAAGCUCUAGCUGUUGCCGGUCAGCUCCCUGCUCAGAGCCUAGCACAGCUCCAAGCAGCAGGCCUUGGCCGCUCUUCGCUAGCUACUAAACCGGGGAUGUCGGUUCCCUCUCUUGUAGAUCAGAGAAGCAUCUUCAGCUUCGAAACCCCGAGAAUGAGAUUCGGGGAGACGAUGAGCAGCGGCGGUACCAAGCAGAUGAGCUUGCUUCACGGCGUCCCGACGGGUAUGGAGCCGAAACAAUUCGCAGGCGGUGGUCACCUGCGCCUGCAGCAGCAAAUGCGCGGUGUACAGAAUGCACAGAGCAGCGGAAUGAUGAUGAUGCCUGUAGCAGCUGAUCAGAGGCAACCGUCCUUCCUCGGGCAACAACAACAGCCGAUGUUGUCGAGCGGUGUUUUGAGGAGAAGCGAUCUCGCUGACGCGGUGGCGGUUAGGAACAGUGUCCCGGAGAGUAGCAGCAGCAGCAGAGUGUUGCCUGCUACUACACACUCUGUUUUCAGUAACUAUCCGUCGGAAAUCCCCCGGACCAGCUUCCCGUUAGCAAGUGCCCCGAGGAUAUCGAUUCCGGCGUCGGUUUCUUAUCAAGAAGAAGUCAACAGCUCAGACGCGAAAGGCGGUUCAUCGUCAGCUGCUGCCACCGUGACCACCGCAGGGUUUGGUAAUCCGAGCUACGACAUAUUCAACGAUUUUCCGCAGCAGCAAAGCAACAAUAGAUUAAACGAUUGGGAUCUGAGGAAUAUCGGUUUAGUCUUUGAUUCUCAUCAGGACGCAGCAGCUUUUUCAACUUCGGAAGCGUAUUCUUCUUCGUCUUCUACUCAGAGAAAAAGGCGGGAAACAGAGUUAACGGUCGUGGCUGAGCAUAUGCAGAACCACCACCAUCACCUGCAGCCACCGAGCCGGAGUCUGAAUCAGAUGAACCAGAUUUACAUGAAUGGUGGUUCGGUUAGAGUGAAGUCAGAGAGAGUGGCGGAGACGGUGACUUGUCCUCCGGCAACAACACUGUUUCACGAGCAGUAUAAUCAAGACGACCUCAUGAGCGCACUUCUCAAGCAGGAAGGACUUCCAAGCGAGUUUGAUUUUGACGGUUACUCCAUCGAUAACAUUCCGGUCUGACCUCUGAAACUCUUAAGAGUAGACUGCAAGAUUCUUUCUUUUUCAUCUUCCUCACUCACUCAAGGUAAAAAGAAAAAACUCUACAAAUGGCGACAAUCCAAGCAAGAAUAUAGAACGGAUCAUGUAAUGUAUCUUUAGAUGAUGUAAUCUGCAGGAAAUUCAAAAGCAGGUUAAGAGAAAAUAAUUACUUAUUCUUCUUUCUUUCUGAUUAUAAUAGGAGUAAUGUGAAGAAUUUCCUUUGGAGAUGUUUUGUAUUUUUGUCCUCAAGUCUUACAUAAAGUCUGAGAACAUUUAGGGUUCUUGAUCGUCUAAUUUGCAACACAUUAGCAAUGUUUUGCUUCUCUUCUUUUUUUGAGUCUUAGAGAACAUUUGUGUACAUAUGUUUUCUAUGCGUUGUUGCUACAUUAAUAAUAAAGAUACGGUAUUGACCCGAUCAAUGAAUAUAGUACAAUACGAAAUUAAAAAGCUCUUAA